CUCAUCUAAUCUAAUGAAUAAUAAUCGAUAGAAGCAUUUCUCAAUUACAAACAAAAUCUCAUCUCAUAGAGAAAGGAAAGGGAACUAACAACGCAACGCCCAUUCGUAUUCACAUUGACUCUGCGUUUCUUGCAACAAACAAAACUCUCUUUAUUUCUUCGCCGAUUCCUUUUCUUCUUCCAUUCCAGGUGGACCUUCCAUAGUAGCGUGACAUCAGUGGUGGAGACAUAAUAUACAUAGAUGUAGCAGUGGUUAUAAACUUAUAAUGUCUGGACUGAUUGAAGGACUUCCUGAUGCUGUUGCAAUAAGGUGCCUUGCACGCGUUCCCUUCUACCUCCAUCCAAAGUUAGAGGUUGUCUCUCGUUCUUGGAAAGCAGCCAUUCGUAGCCCAGAACUAUCAAAAAUACGACAGGAAAUUGCUGCAUCUGAGGAUCUCUUGUGUGUCUGUGCUUUUGAUCCAGAGAACGUAUGGCAACUGUAUGACUCUCUAAGAGAUAUCUGGAUUACCCUUCCUGUUCUUCCCUCAAAGAUCAGGCAUCUUGCUCACUUUGGUGCCGUAUCUGUAUCUGGAAAAUUGUUUGUCAUUGGUGGUGGAAGUGAUGCUGUUGAUCCAUCGACUGGUGAUCACGAUGGCUGCUUUGCAACCGAUGAAGUCUGGUCAUAUGACCCCAUAAUCCAGCAGUGGUCCCCUCGGGCUUCAAUGCUUGUUCCCCGUUCUAUGUUUGCAUGCUGUGUUUUGAAUGGAAAAAUUGUUGUCGCCGGAGGAUUCACUAGCUGUAGAAAAACAAUAUCUCAAGCAGAAAUAUAUGACCCCGAGAAGGAUUUUUGGACUCCAAUCCCUGAUCUUCACCGCACACAUAAUUCAGCCUGUUCAGGAAUAGUGAUUGGUGGAAAAAUGCAUGUACUGCACAAGGAUAUGUCAACGGUGCAAGUUUUAGACAAUGCAGGGGCUAGAUGGAUUGUGGAGGACUGUGAUUGGCUUCAAGGCCCAAUGGCAGUAGUCCAGGAUGCACUUUGUGUUAUGAGCAAUGGAUUUAUCAUGAAGCAAGACAAAGAAGGGAAAAAGAUUGUAAGUUCAGCAACAGAUUUUAAACAGAGAAUUGGGUUUGCAAUGAUUGGACUAGGCGAUGAUUUAUACAUGAUAGGGGGCGUCAUUGGACCUGACAGAUGGAAUUGGGACAUUAAGCCAUUAUCAAAUGUUGAUGUUCUAACACUUGGGAGUGAGAGACCAACUUGGCGCCAAACAGCUCCAAUGACACGGUGCCGUGGUACCAUUGUUGGUUGUACAAUUAUGAGAAUUUAGACCCUCUCUAGUUAGGAUCCCAUGUACUUUGUACUCGAGGGUAUUUGUGUUGAUAGCAUGCGGUAACAAGGUGAGUUUUUUCUGUGCCUGUUCUGUUUGAAGCAUAACCGCAGCUAGGUCCGUCACUAAGCAACCUCACUUUGCUACUUGUCAUUUGGUGCUAUGCAAAUUUUAUGGAAGAUUGCUUCGCUGGACAAAUCAACAAUUUCAUUUAGUUUUCUUUAACUCUUUUCUGGAGUGGAGGAGGUAUCUUAGAGGGAUUAUGUUCCAAAACAUCAUAAUCUCAUAAUUUUGUUAAUACAUGGAAAUUAAGUUUGGUUAUGAGAUGGAUUUCAUUCUUUCUUCCAUCA